UCAAUGAUCAAAAUCUAAUUAACAUUAUUUAAAUAUUCUUGUGUAUUAAAAAGUUAUGUAUUUAAAAAAAUAUGGGUAUCAAAGGUUUAUGGACUGUUAUGUCACCUUACUGUGAAAAGAAAUCCUUACAUGAGAUUAGAGGAGAAACUGUUGCAAUUGAUCUAUCGGGCUGGGUGUGCGACAGUCAAAAUGUGACCGAUUAUUAUAUUCAACCAAAGUUGUAUUUAAGAAAUUUAUUUUUCAGAACAGCAUAUUUAUUACUUGCUGAUAUCACUCCUAUAUUUGUGUUAGAAGGCGAUGCCCCAGAAUUAAAAAGAGAUGUGAUGGCUGCAAGAAACGCGAUUCAAUUUCGAGGAGCAGCGCCUAAGUCAGACUCGGCUAAAAGUCAAGCACCAAGCAUAACUAGGAAACGAUUUAAAGGUGUUUUAAAAGAAUGUGAAUCAUUAUUGAAGAGUAUGGGUGUGAGGUGUAUUAAAGGCAGAGGAGAAGCAGAAGCUACAUGUGCGAGAUUAAAUUCACAAGGAUUGGUAGAUGCAGUGGUGUCUCAGGAUUCAGAUUGCUUUGCGUACGGCGCCCGGCGCGUAUAUCGCAAUUUUAGCGUUUCAAGCUCCGCAGGAGGCGGAGCGAUGCAAGGAUCAGUAGACUGUUAUGAUGCUGAUAAAAUGUUUGAAUCUAAUGGAUUUGGACGCAAAAAAAUGAUAGCACUGGCAAUUCUGUGUGGCUGUGAUUAUGGGGCCGGUGCGUGCGGAAGUUCAAUAACCACCGUUUUAUCAUUUUUGCACACUGUACCUGAAGAUAAAGUUAUACACAGAUUACUAUGCUGGGUAACGGACACGAAAGAGUACGAAGACCAAGAGCGCUGGGUGGCUCGGCCGGGAAGAUGUGACCGCUGCGGGCACGUCGGCCGCACGCACUUGCGGAGCGGCUGCCCGGUGUGCGCCACUAACAAGGGAUGCGACGAUCUGGGGUAUAAGGCGAAAGUGGCGGAAUUAAAACGUGAAUUGUCGCUCCGAAGCCGGGCGCUCUCGUGCGGAAUGCCGUUCCCCGAACCGAAAGUUAUGAAGGAAUUCCUCGAUGCAACACCAGAUAAUAUAGAUCUCGACGCGGCCAUUCCGCAGCCGAGUUUAAUUCAAUUCGUGAAAAUAAUGUCGAGCAAAUUGGACUGGACGGAGAGAUAUUGCGUGGAAAAGUUUUUACCGAUACUUACAAAAUGGCACCUUCAAAGUAAUAUUGUUUGUCGGACGAUCAAACCUUCAAACAUCAUCAAAAAGAGAAACCCAAGAGGAGUGCCUAGUUAUGAAGUUGUAUGGACUGACAUUAACAACCAAUAUGAUGCACUCGUUCCAGAUGAUCAAUUAAAAGAAGGUGAAGAUAUAUCCGACGUUUGGACAACAACAGAAAGACAAGAUUUGAUGCGAAAAUAUUAUCCAGAUGUGGUUGAAAGUUUUGAGGAGAGUAUCAAGAAACCGCCUAAAGUGAAAAAGGCUCGUGGUCGAAAGAAGCUAGACGACAAAGAAAUUAAUCAAAAUAAAAGCAAUGCUUCUGUAAAACCCAAAAGAAAAUAUACGCGAAAAGUGAAAAAGCAAACUGAUAUUGUAUCCGAAUUGAAUCAUUCAUUGAAAAACUUAAGCCUCACUAGAACAACUGAAGCUAAUAACAGUAAAUUGAACGUAAGCGUAAGUGUUAAUAAACUAAAACGAAAAAUGAAAAACAAUUCCAAAGGAAAAUGCAAAGCCACAAUCGAGAGCUAUUUCGUAGCGAAAAAGAAAAGAAAGUCCAAUGCGAGUUCGUUCCGUAAAUUUAAAGAUACGUCACUCGUAAAGCUUGAAUAUCCAGAUCAUAAAAAGCUCGACGACGAAAAAGAGAAUAUUAACGAUAAACAUCUAUUGAAUACGCUCGAUAUGAGUGCAGAGGAAAUUCCGGAAAGCGACUUAUCUGACAUUGUGGAUAAUAUUGUCAAGGGAGCUCCCACGUUUACGACUGCCAAGCUCGAUAGCAAUCUCGUCAAGUUAGUAUUUAAAAACAAUUUGGAGCGGCGCAGAAUGAGUGUAAUGUCUGAAAUAAAAUUUAACAACAAUUGUUCAACGCCUAAAUACAGUCCCAAAAAGAAUAUUUUUAAUUUCUCCCGACGUUCAUCGGUUAACAAUGCAAAUACUAGUUACUUUUUUGAUAAAUUAAGUGAGCGCGAUGCUUUUGAAAUGUCGCUCGAGUACAAACAUAAAAGUGCGAUUAUAGAUGCUGACGCAACUGUUGACUAUAGUUUGCCCGACGUUCACAUUUAAAUCAAGUUGAGUUAUUAUCAAGGUUGUGUAAAUAUUUGAAUAAAACUUUUAUGCGGAA